AGGGAGGGAGGGAGCUAAAGGCUGAUUUUUAUCUUUUACCGGAUCGAGAAGGGGAGGAGGCACGGGGAAUGAGUUAUUCUUGUAGCAGCACAGAGCCUGUUUGCUGUACGGUGAUUUGGCCAGCGCGCAACUAAAGGCUCCGACGCAAGUAAAUCUGCUCCUGCGGCGACGACGCCGAGAGCAUCAGAAAUCCUCAGUCCCUGCCAGGUCACGAACCGAACGAUCUUCUUCAGUUGGACAUGAAAGUGCAGCAAGGCUGCAACUCAUCAGACAUGGGGAUCCCGGUUAGAACCGAAGAAGAAUUGCGCAGAAAUACCGUAAUAACACCCGAGGAUGUGCUCGGGCUACAGAAGAUCACCAAGAAUUACCUCUGCUCUCCAGAAGAAAAUGUUCACAUGAUCGACUUCACCAGGUUUAAGAUCCGUGACAUGGAAACAGGGACAGUCCUGUUUGAGAUUACAAAACCUCCAACGCCAGCUGGAGGUAUAAAGCAAUGUGACCCCAACGCCGGCCGAUUCGUCCGAUACCAGUUCACCCCAGCUUUUCUGCAAUUGCGGCAGGUCGGAGCGACAGUGGAGUUCACAGUUGGAGACACCCCCAUCAACAACUUCCGAAUGAUCGAGAGACACUACUUCCGCGAUCAGCUGCUAAAGAGCUUUGAUUUCGAGUUCGGUUUCUGCAUGCCCAGCAGCAAGAACACAUGCGAGCACAUUUACGAGUUCCCUGCGCUGUCUGAGGAAAUCAUGCGUGAGAUGAUCCUGCACCCUUAUGAGACGCAGUCCGACAGCUUCUACUUUGUGGACAACAAGCUGGUGAUGCACAACAAGGCAGAUUAUUCCUAUAGCGGGGGGCCAUAGGAGCACGUCCACCCUUUCCUCCUUCCUCUUCUAGACAUUUUCCACGAUCCAGCGACCACUUCAGGACCAGAAACAGAUGAACUGAUGGACAAAUCACUGGCAUUAAAUGCUGUUCUCUCUCUGUCUCUCACUCCCUCUUUAUUAGCUCCAUGCAUUUCUCCCUUUGCCUCGUCUUGCAGGAACACUGAAUUCUGCCAGUUUUUUUUUUUUAUCAUCGGUUUGCAUCAGCGCGUGUCAGUGAGUGUGUGGGCAGCAAACACAUGCAGUGUCUGUACAUACAGUCGAGUUCAAUCUGUGAACGUGGGCUCCACUUGAUCAUCAGGAAAACAUUUUUUUUUAGUUGUGCGUGUUUUGAAAGAAAAAAAAACAGGAGUCUUGUUUGUCAAACAGGCAGAAACACUCAAGGAGACAAAGAGAGAAAUGAAAUUACCCUUAAGCGAUGAGUAAUAAAGGAUCCAUUCAGAUGUAAAUUUGCAGUAUAUAGUUUGUAUAGAGAUCUCAUUACAUUUUUACUCCCAGAGUUUCUUAAAUUUGUAUAAGUAGCACACAUCUGAAUGACUCAGUCCUCCUCCUGUGAUCUGUCAUCGUCCGGUGGAACGGCGGUGCUGUGUCCUCCGUCUACGUGUCAUUUGUUUUAUGUCUUCAUGUUCAUAGUACUACCGCGUCUGGAGUAUUUUUUAAACAAAUAGCCAUUUUGAAGUGUCAGAAAACAUACAUUAGCCAGAAGUCAGAUACCAAUUUUGAUAUCCGGUUCGUUCUCUGUAGUACUGAACACUGUGUCUACUUUAAUUAUGAUAAAUGGUUUAAGUAUAAAAUAAAAAAUAAAAAAGUAUGUAAAGAUUGGACAGCCGAAGUUCCAUCAAUGCAAUAAAUAUGGGAUUUUUGCGAAACUGUGA